CUUCUCAGCAGGAAGGAUUUUUCAGCACAUGCUUUUAAAUGUCUGCUUUGAGUCCUCACAUCCUGUCAGCCCUGAUAGUCAUUUUAAGGAAGUGUCAGAGGGAGAGAGAAAGAGGGAGCUGAAAAGUUCCAAAGCUGCAGAUACCACCGAAGCAGCCAGCACAAAGAAAAUAGCAAAUAUGUUUGCUUGUGGGAGGAGGAUCCAGAGAACAGACAGCUCAGAGGGUGGAUGUCUUUGCUUAGCCUAUAAGGGUGGAGAGAGGAGGUCCUUACAGACUUUGGUAUGGUUUUGCUGUUGUCUUUCUGUCUGCCUGACUCUGCAGUUGGCACUAAACCCAGCAGCUUCCUGUUUAGUUUAGUUUCAUUUCUCACAGACUGGCUAGGAGGGUGUUGUUUCUGAGGCCAUGGCAGAGGCAGAGGAAGAAUUCAGAGCAGCUGCUGACCUGGAAGAUGAGCUCAGCUGCCCUAUCUGUCUGUGCUUCUACAGGAACCCUGUCUCCCUGAGCUGCCAUCACAGCUUCUGCAAGGAGUGCAUCCAGAAAGCACUGGCUGCCCAGCAGCAAGCCAAGGCCACCUACUCCUGUCCUAUGUGCAAGGUCCAGCUGGGGCCCUUUCUGGAGCUGCAUAAGAACUUCCAGCUCUGCAGCAUCGUGGAGAAGUUCCAGACGGCUUCUUCAAAGGGAAAGCAGGACAAAGAGAAGGCCUCUCCACAAGGGAAGGAGAUAAUCCCCUGUGAUUUCUGCUUGGAGCAGCCUCACACAGCAGUGAAAACCUGUCUGACCUGUGAGGCAUCUCUGUGUCAGGCCCACCUGAGCAAACACAAUGCCAAGGCUGCACAGAAGGAUCAUGUCCUGGUGGAACCCAGUGACAACAGCUCCCUGCAGGAGAGGAAGUGUGGCGAGCAUGGCAAGCUGCUAGAGUGUUACUGUGAAGAUGACCUGAUCUUCGUCUGUGUGAUCUGCUCUAUCGCAGGCUCCCACAAGGGCCACAGCAUCAUCACCCUGAAGGAGGAGUAUGACAAGGAGCUGGUUGUUUUCUCUGACACUAUGGAACUGAUGCAGGAAAACAAAAGUGCUAUGAAUAAAACCUUGGAGGAGCUUCAGAAGAGUGAGAAUCAGCUCCAGCUCAAUAAGAAAACUUUGGAUGCUCAGCUAUCAAACCUCUUCAAAGAGAUCAAGGCAGAGGUGGAUCAGAAGGAGAAGCAGAUCCUGGCUGACAUACAAUCCAGUGAGAAAAAUCAGCUGUCAGACAUUGCCACACUGAAGAAGCAAACAGAAAAGAAGAGAGAUGAGGCUGCGAAGGAUCUUCAGGACCUGCAGAUGCUGAGGGUGCAAACAGACCCUUUCCAGUUCCUCAGAGAAUUUAAACUGGCACAAGACAGGAUUAAUAAUCAGGAUUUCAGCACUGACAGCAUGGAAGUAUUAGCACUGCAGCUGGAUCAGGCAACAAUUGCAGCUGCUAGAAGCUGGACACAGCAGUAUAUCUCAAACCUAGAUUCACUGAUGCAAGCAGUGCACAGUCAAUUCAUUAACCAAACACAGAGGAACAGAGCAGCUCCAGACUUCAGAGAUCAUUUCCAUUAUCAAGGUGAGUGUUCAAAAAUGUUGUUGUUGCUCUUAAAGCCUGUGAUCCAUAUCUCCUCUCUGGAGGGAAGGUAUCUCAUGUGCAUUUUGUAUUGUGCAGCUCUGUCAGAUCUUCCUGUCAGAGGCGAGGCCAGUGGGAAUGCAGAGGACAGGUACAGGGCAUGGUCCUCAAAAUCUGCACCAGGCUGACAUCUGCUAGAAAACACACAGGAGACAUCCUGGCAUUUAGGCCUUAGGGAGGGAUUCCUUCUGCGUCAAUGCUCCUUAGGGGCCUGAUCUAGCUCCCAGGAAAGACUAUGCAGACUCCCUCUGACUUUAACAGAAGGUGGAUGAAGUCUGUAAGGAUCAGGCCUAGUUACUGGGUUGCCACUGAAUAGUAAUGUGGCAUCUGUGCAUUUGCAUGCCUACUUUAUGUGCAAAAUUAUUACUAUAACUGCCUUUUCUCCUUCAGUGUUUUUACUGCAAAGUGAAUGAGGCAGGGCUGCUAUCUUCCCUCAUUCAGUGAGCACCUUAACAGCUUCUCAGUGAUUGAGGCAUUUCUCCUCUCUCCGCAUUACACAGCUAAGUUAGCCAUCCACAUGGAUGUGUGAUGCAGCCUUCUUUCCUUUAGCUACUCCCAUGAGGUUCUGCUCACUAAUGGAGUAAAAGCUUUUUACUAUCUUGCCCUUUAUGCUUCAGAAAAUACAGGAGUAACUUCAGAUUGACUCUUGUAAAGGAGAUGAGUCUAAUCCAGUGUUUCAUAAAUAACAAAAACUAAGUAGCAAAAUGUUAACUCAAGCAUAUAAAGAUCUAGGUGAAAUGCUGGUCCCAGUGAAGCCAAGGGGAGUUUACCAUUGACUUCAAUGAGACCAAAAUUUCACCCCCUGAUCUUACAUCCAUACUACUUUGGGCUGUUAAUUUUGUCAGAAUUUAUAAGCUUACCAGGAUUAAGCCGACUAGAUAGAAGACGUCCAAGAAAAACCCAAGUGCUGCAGGACAUCAUGUCGGUGACUCAUAGCAUUCUCUUUCAGUUGCUACUAAUCCAGUGCCCAAACAGUGCAGCUGGUUGGAAAAUAGUGAGUUGUUUCUGUGAAGAUUUUUACCAAAAAAAUUAUUUUUACGGAUGUUUUCCAGGUUUGGGGCAAAAAAUAGAAAAUGGAAGCCUUUUCAGUUUUCUAACAAUGUUUCAUUGAAAACCCAGAAUAUCUAAAAAAGAAAUGAAAAAUUUCCUCAAAAAUUUUGGUUUUAGGGGAAAAAGGUCAUUUUCUAUCCAAACCUAUUUCUGAUGGAAAAAUGUCAGCCAGUUCUACUCAACAGGAUGGUGGUAACAUUUUAUUUCAAAGGGGCUACCUGUGUGAUAGCUGCUCACCUGUGGGAGGAAGAGUUCACAAUCUAGUCCUAAGUAUGAUUACAUUUCCCUGAAAUGUUUGGUUGUUUUGCCAGGUAAUCCACACCAUCCUUUCUUCAAAAA